GGCAAAUAUGCAGAGGGCGUUAUUUUUCGACGCAAACAUUCAUGACCUAUCGAGAUCCAUAAGAUCAAAAGUUUUACAGCAUUUUCGAAUUUUUAAUACGGUUACGUAUAUUAUUACGUAUAUCUUCUCACUGCCUUAGAUCAUGUCAAAGAGCAAAAUUCAACAUCAAGUUGACAAUGGUAUUGUAGCUGUUAAGAGUAAGUUUGAUGCUGACAUUAUAAGAUUCUCAGUUCGAAGAAAUGAGCCUAUCAGUUAUGAAGAUUUUAGAAAGCUAUUAGCAGAACGUCAUGAUAUUGGUCCUGAAUUAAACUUUCUUAUUUGGUAUACGGAUCCAACAGAUGGAGAUUUACUGCCUAUUAACAAUGACAACAAUUUGGCGAGAGCAUUACUUGCUGCAAAGCCACUUCUUAGAAUAUUCAUACAAAGGAAAGGUGAUGGAUUGGAAGAUAUAAAUGGAUAUGGUACAAUGAAACCAAAAAAUUUAAUUUCAAGUAUACUUGGUGGUACUCCUGGCAAACCAAAGUCUUUGGCAAUAUCAAAUCCACAUGAUUUUCGGCAGGUAUCUGCGAUCAUUGAUGUGGAUAUAUUACCUGAAACUUGUCGCCGUGUUCGACUUUUAAAACAUGGGUCAGAUAAACCAUUAGGUUUCUAUAUUAAAGAUGGUGAAAGUUUUCGAAUAUUGCCACCAUCAGCUGGAGGUGGAAUUGAAAAAGUACCAGGAGUCUUUAUUAGUAGAUUAGUACCAGGUGGUUUAGCAGAAAGCACUGGUCUGUUAGCAGUAAAUGAUGAAGUAUUAGAAGUUAAUGGAAUAGAAGUUGCUGGAAAGACUCUUGAUCAGGUCACUGAUAUGAUGAUAGCAAAUUCUUCAAACCUCAUAAUAACAGUUAAACCUGCCAACCAACGAGCCGCUCUUGCAGCACCACGGCGUGGUUCCUUUUCACGUAAUAGCCAAUUAUCAUCAGGAAGUCAUCAAUCAACGCAAAGUGCAGCUACAGGUAGUGAUGAAGAUGCAGAUGAAAUUUUAGAUUUAACAGGCGUCACACUUCAUGAUGAGGCAGCAACAUCUGUAUCUCAACAUCAUCAUUUUCAUCAGCAUCAUCAUCAUCAUCAAAAUCAUUUUAAUCACGACCAGGGGGUUUUGCAUCUGUAGAUAAAAGGUAAACUAAAAAUUGAAUUAUAUCAUUUCAAAAGAUUAGCAUGCAUGAUAUGAAAGUAUUGAGGUACAUUACUAUCAUGAACAGAAUUGUAUAUUUUGUGCUCUCUUAAAUCUAUGUAUUGUUUUAUAUUAUAUUAUACUAUAUAAUAUAAAAUAUUAAUAUUAUGUAAUUCUUUUGCUAUUUGUAAUGAUAGUAACGAAAUUUCAAUAUU